GAAUUGGCCACACCAAACAAAGAUGGCGUUAUAAAAUCUGUUGUCCGUAAAGUGACAGCUGCAGCGCAUUGCGUAAAGUCAAGUGUGCAUGUUACACGGUUAAACAUGUUAAAAAGUUUUUCUGAAAUUUCAGUUUUAUGUUUCAUUCGUGGUCCAAAUCAUUCUUUAAGAACUGAUAUAAUAAACUUUUCUCCUUCUUGAUUAAGUGAGAAACGUAGAAAAUAUUUAGAAAAUUUAGUUAAGUUGUGUUUUGCUUUUAGUGAGUUCAAUUAUCGUAAAUCACCAUGCCUAAAGGGAAAAGAAAAGGAAAAUACGAGCACAGAAGAACCGAGCAAGAGUAUUCCUCAGAAGAAGAUGCUGGCAUUGACAUGACAAAUGACAACUACUCUGAGACAUCUGGACAGUCUGACCUCAAGAGCAUCCAUGAUGAAGGCGAAAACGACAGUCAAGAGAAGUUGGAAGAGAAAGUGUUGGAGAUCAUCGACGGGCUGAGCGCUCGUGCGAACGCGGCCCGUGCGUCGGCGCUGGUGUCGCUGCGGGCCGCGCUGCAGCGCCGCUACCUCGCGCCCGUGCUCAGCAACCAGCGCGCCACGCUCGCAGACCACGUGGCGCGCGCGCUGCGCCGCGGCCGGGACGCGGAGAGACGCGCCGCCGCCGCCGUCGCGCCGCUGCUCGCCCUGCAGAUCGGCGAGGAAGGCACGGAGGAGUUCAUGGCAGAAGUGCGACCGGCGCUGGUGGCGGCCUGCACGGACAAGACUUCCUCGUUGGAAACCAGAGCCGAGUGUUGUUCAUCUUUGGCCGCUCUAUGUUAUCUGCUGGAGGAAGAUGUGAAUGAAAUUUUAGAAAUCAUGCAGAUGUACGAGACAAUCUUUAGUAGCUGUUAUUUGAAGGGCGACGGCAGCGUGAAGGUGUCCGGCGCGGCCGUGGAGGAGGGCGCGUGGUGCGGCGCGGCGCUGGACGCGUGGAGCGUGCUGCUGGGCGGGCUGCCCGCCCCCGCCGCGCAGCACGCGCUGCAGGCCGCGCCGCCGGGCUGGGCGCGCCUGCCGGGCCUGCUGCGCGCCGCCGCGCUCGACGUGCGCCUGGCCGCCGGCGCCGCGCUCGCCGUCGCGCACGAGGCCGCGCCGCACCUCGCCGAGCGCCCGCACGAGCUGCUCGACCUGCUGGAGCAGCUGGCGCGCGACUCUCACAAGUACCGCGCCAAGCGCGACCGCAAGCUGCAGCGCGCCACCUUCCGCGACAUCCUCAAGUACUUCGAGGAGGACGCGGCGCCCAGCGUGGCCGUGCGCGUGGGCGCCGAGACGCUGCAGUGCGACACGUGGGCGGCGCUGGGCGCCUACGCCGCGCUGGCCGCCGCGCUGGGGGCCGGCCUGCAGGCGCUGGCGCCGCACGCGCGCCCGCUCCGCGCCGCGCUCGGCCUCGACGACGUGCUGCCCGCCGACGCGCUGCCCAAGGCCAAGCUCAACAAGCUGCAGCGGGUAACACAACAGACCUUUCAUAAUGAACACAAUGGCCACUCUGUACUGUUGCGUCCACUGUACCGAUGUAUGUGCGUUAUGUUGCAGCACCUGCAGAACACGGCGGCGUGCAAGGCGCGCACGCUGGCUCGCAACAAGAACCGCGACAAGCGCUCGGCCGCGCUCGCCCUGUGAACCCGACGCCGCUGAUACCCUCAACGUGUAUUGGAAACUCAGUUUGCUUCUGGAAAUCUUUGUCUUUUAUUAUGUCUAUUUUUCGAUUAUUCCGAUUUUUUUUUACUGUUACUUGUUAUUAUUAUUAUAUAAACAGAUCCAUUCAAACUACUCUUCUCACCGAAAGCCGAACACUAAACAGUUCAGUAAACUGUUGCUUUAAGAUCACACUAAUUUCGAAUAUAGAUACACAUAUAUAUAUACAACAUCCAAUAAUUAUAUGUGGCUUGUAGAUUGGAUUGUAAUCGUUUUCAUUGGGUCGAGUAAGGCUAGGCAAUUAGCUAUUUAAUUUGGGGCUGCGACUACAUUAGAUGAGUUUAAUGUUAUUAAUGUUUAGAAAACUUGUUUGUCGUCUAUUUAUAGCGCAGCCGGACAGACAAUUAUUUUAAAGAAUUUUAAUCAAAAAAGCGUGUUAUUAAAUUAAGCUCUAUAUUUAAGUGGACGCGAUGGUACAAUGUUCGAGGGUGCAUUAUCGUAUGUAGAUAUCAAUAAAUAUUAACACGCAUUAAAAUUUUACAUCAUUCUGAAUGUACACUCCUAAUGGACCAAAGAAACUUUGAUUUCGGAAAUGUCUCAUUAUAAUGUUUUAUUAAAUAUCAAAUCUCAAAUCGAUUGUAAUCUUAGUUUAAUUGGUUAUAAUACAUUCUGCAUUGAUAUUACAAUGAUUAAAAUAUCAUUGGCUCGUGUCGCAUAAAAAUAAGAAAAUAACACUAAAGGUGCACAUGGUUUCUAUUUUUGUAGAAAAUCUAUAUAAGUGGACUAGCUGACGGCCCUUCCGGCGUUCGCCUUAACCCGUGAGGUCGACGUCUCAAUUGUAAAGUACAGCGGCUGUCUCAACUCUGCAACUGGAACACAUGACUGCUUCGUGGUAGAGCUAGGCGGAUGUCGGUACCUACCCGUGCAGACUUAUCACUUAAGGUCCUAGCGUCACGAUUAUAUUGUUUAGUUAAUUUCUUGUGAUUUGUAUAGAAUUUUUAGUGUGUAAUCUGAUAAUUUUAUGAAACUGAUGUUACAUAUUUUAUGUUUAUAGUAUCGACACAAAACUGUUCGUGAAAAUGUAACAAUUAAUCGAUUGUGCCUAAAAAACGGUUUUUUUAUUGUAAAUAAUUAUCUUCAAGAGCACAUUUAAUUAAUUCUGAUUUCGAAAACGUUUAGGAUACGUGGUCUACAUUAAAUUUGAAUUGUUUGAUUGGUAAUGAUACUUUUUAUAAAAAAGUAUUGUUGAAAAUUGUUUCGUGUGAUUCGUAUCAUUACGAAAGUUUCUCUGUAAAUAUUAUUUUCAUGGAAUUCGAAUUGGCCGCCUCGUUUUGUACAUUAAUUAGGCUAUGAAGUGUUGAAAUAAUAUUUAUUACGAGAACCA